UUUGGAAACGCGGAGAAAAGUCUGCGUGGUGUGUAGGAAUGGACACUCAGAAGGACGUUCAACCCCCAAAGCAGCAGCCAAUGAUCUAUAUCUGUGGAGAAUGUCACACAGAAAAUGAAAUAAAAUCCAGGGAUCCAAUCAGAUGCAGAGAAUGUGGAUACAGAAUAAUGUACAAGAAAAGAACUAAAAGAUUGGUGGUUUUUGAUGCUCAAUGAAACAUGGGAAUUCAGAGGAGUGUCUUCCUUUGUAUCUGGAUUUGACCCUUGAAUGUUUCUCGUUAUUAUACAGCUUUUUAUUUAGCACACUUAUCUUAUGAAUACAACUGUAUACAUAUAAUUUCAUUUUAUUUCAUUUUCCAAGUCAAAUUGUGUUUAGGUAUCAGUAAUUUGUGUA